CGAGAGUGCGACAAUUCGCGGCAGACAUGGCCUCACAGCUCAUCGCCAACCUCGAGGCGUGCGCCUCUCGCGACGACCUUGGCGACAUCUGCCAAGCAAUCGAGGAGGCGCCCAGCUUCGAUCAGCUCGCGCUCGCUCAGCUCGCCAUCGCCUCGGGGGAGGCGGAGGUGACCGCGGCGGCGCUUGGCCGCAUCGAGUCGCGGCUCGGCGCUGCGCUGGGCGCGCACGUGGCCGCGCGCUACAGCGAGCUCAUCACCGAGGUGGACGCCGUUCGCUCGCUCGAGGCGCGGCUCGUGCAGUCGCACAGCCGGGUGGAGCGGCUCGCGGCGACGGUGCGGCGCGUCCGCACGACGACGGUGGGUCAGCACGAGCAGCUGAGCGGGCGCGUGUCGCAGCUGGAGCACAUGCAGGAGUGCUCCUCCCUGCUGAGGCGGGUCCAGCGGCUGCUCUACCUCUGCUGGCGGCUGCACGAGGCGGUGGACGCGUCCAAGGCACGGAGGUCGGCGGGCGGCGGUGCGGGGUCGGGGGCGUGGCGCAUCGAGCUGUCGAGCGCGGAGCUGCCCAAGGCGGCGGUGGCGCUGCGCGAGGUGGAGGAGAUCCUGGAGGAGGAGGAGGAGAGACUCGACGGCGUGGAGCUGGUGGCGCCCGAGCUGCAGUUCGCUCGCUCCGUCGGCGCCGCCGUCCGGCGUCAGGCGGACGGGAUGUUGCGGGAGGCGCUCCGGUCGCUCAACCAGCCGUCGCUCACCACCGCGCUGCAGGUCUUCUUCUCCCUCGGCUGCCUGCGCGACAAAGUCGAGGAGGCGGUGGCGGCCGCCGCGGCGUCGCUGGGCACUGACGUGUCCGACGCCCUCACCAACAUCGACGCGAGGGCGGCGCGCGGCGGGCGUGCGGGGUGGGUGGCUGCGCUGUGGGGGCAGGUGGAGGCUGUGGGGGAGCUGCUCCUCGGUGCCGCGACCCGGCUCUGCCUGCUCACUCGCGUGCUCUCCAAGCGGCGGGACCCGCUCACGCACACCCUCUUCGCCUCGCUCCUCACGGGCCAAGGAGCCGACCCGCGCGCGGGCGAGGAGGACUCUUCACCCGCCGCAGCGCCCGCCGGCGGCGGCGACAACGGCGACGGCGGCGGCGGCGGCGGCGGAGUCGGCGGGCUGGAGGCGGCGCUGCGCGAGGCGUGGCCCGAGGCAGACCUCAGCCUGAUCGGGCUCGAGCUGAUGCUGGCGGAGCGGCCGGCCGCCGAGGCUGGCUCGCGCGCGUGGGCGGCCUCAGAGGCUGCCAACGGCGCAACCCUGACCGUGCUCAAGGCGUUGCGUGAGGACCUGGUCGCCGAGAUGAGCGGGAUGGCCGAGGCGGCCGCUGCGCCGCUGCGCGUCGCGGUCGGCGGGCUGGCGCCGGUCGUGACGACGCUCGCCAACCCGGCGACGCCCUUGCCAGACGCCUUGCGCGAGGCGGGCGCAAAGGUACUCAAGCAGCUACUCCGUUCGGGCAUGAUCGAGGAGGGUUGA